GUGGCUGCUCACCUUCUCAGAAAACUUAGACAGGAUCGAGAGCAAGAAGAGGGGCUUCGUCCUGCAAAUUCAGCAGGGCGUGGUCCGGGAGAAGUCCGACAUGCAGAAAGCGGAGGAAAAGAUGGGCACCAAGUGGCGCAUCCCAAGAAUGGGCAUGUUUGCCUUUGCGACCACCGACAUUCGAGGAGGCGGCAGCACAACGGAGGAAUGUCUAGCCCUGGCAGUGGAGAGGGCCCGAAAGCAGUGGGCGGAGGGCAUUAACGACGAGGUGGAGAUGGUCUCGCCGUGGUAUGAGCCCAUGGAGGGCGACCUGGAGCUGCGCGUCGACGACGAGGGCGACCUCCAGGGCCGAGCUCGCUGCACGUUCCCUAGCGGCAACGUCUACGAGGGGCAGUACGUGGAUGGCGAGAUGCACGGUUACGGGACCUUCAAGUAUGCGGACGGCAGUGUGUUCGUCGGGGAGUUCCACAACGGCUGGCGGGAGGGCAAGGGCACGUUCACGCAUGUCAGCGGCGGCGUGGAGGUCUGCUUCUUCGAAGAGGACUAUAGGGGCCGCGGGGUGCAGCUCAGCGCGGACCGCACAAAGGCCUGGCUCCGCAUGGAGGACGAAGAAGUGAGCGACGUCUUGGUGGUGCGCGAGGUCUCUGUGGCCGAGGCUCGGAAAGUGGCGAAGGAGCUUGGGCUGCCACCCCUUCCGUGA